AUGCCUGUCCCGAAAGGCAUAGCAUCCCGUAAUAGGGUUCUCGCCUUGGCAGGACUCUUGUUCUCUUUGUUGUUCCUAUUACACUUCCUCUUCCCAGGAUCCAACAAGCUUCUCGCCCAUACUCAACGAUGGACCACAGCGUCCUCUUCUGUCAUUCGUUCUAAAUUCCUUAGAGCUAAAGCUCAAGCUCCUCGUCCACCAAUCCAUCAUCCCAUCCCCAAACUCAUGGCAGAUGCUGAAAAAGAAUAUGAUGCUAAAAUUCGUCGUCAGUCUAAAUCACUCCAUGAGGCCGUUGAAGAAUACAAGAGAAGAUACGGUAUGAAUCCACCUAAAGGUUUUGACGAAUGGUAUGAAUUUGCCAAAUCACAUAAUUCAAUCAUAAUCGAUGAAUAUGAUCAAUUGAUAAGGGAUUUAAAACCAUUCUGGUUAUUCUCUGGAGAAGAAUUGAGAAGAAGAUGUAUUCAAGUUGGUUUCUUACCUUCAGUCGAUUUAGUAAGAAUUGAAAAGGGACAAACUAGGACUAUAGAUGUUUCCAAAGGAUUUGACGAUAGUGAAGUUGGUGCCAGAGCAAAAGGUUUUAGAGUAAUGUUAGAAAAGUUUCAAGCUAAGUUACCCGACAUGGAUUUCCCAAUUAACGAAAAGGCAGAAGGAAGGAUUUUGGUUCCUUGGGAAGAAAAUUUAUUUAGUAAUUUGACGGCGGACAGUUCUCUCGGUAUCGAGCACGUCUUGGGAGGCGAGUUCAUCCCCGAUUGGCGAGGAGAUGGUAACGUCUGGGAAGCCUAUCGUCGAACAUGCGAACCUUCCUCUCAAGCACGUCGAUUAUUCGGUUCCUUACGAUCACACUUGAAAGAAGGUCAAGCUCCUAUAUCCAGAUUGGCCAAUGCUGGUAUAACGAGUGAUGCCGUACCUGAAGAUUUCUAUUUCCCUGCUGGUGUAGAUGAUAAAUACGAUUUCUGCGCUCAUCCAUGGGCACAUUACAACCAAGGUCAUUUCUUCUCUGAUUGGCGUACCAUCCAUGCUUUGUAUCCCAUGUUCUCACCUGCCAAGGGAGUGGGAUACUCGGAUAUCCUCAUCCCGUCCCAUUAUUAUUUCUCAUCCACCAAGAGAUAUACCUACGGUUGGGACCCGGUUAAUAUGGUUAUCAAAGAUGUAGAUGAUAUGGAGACUGCAUGGGAAGAUAAGUCGGAUGAUAUCUUCUGGAGAGGUGCCACGACUGGUGGUGGUUCGAGUCCACCAGGUUUCUUGGCUCAGUACCAACGGCAUAGAUUCAUCAAGAUGACCUCUGAUUCAUCCGACGUCAACAAGACCGUUGUUUUUGCCGAUCCACCCGGCACGAACAAUUUCGUUUCCGCCUCGGUACCCAUCGGACAGCUCAAUCAAGAUAUGAUGGAUGUAGCAUUUACCAAAGCCGUCGGAUGUACUCAAUACCCAGGUGGAUGUGAUGGUAUGAGGAAAGAUCAUAGAUUCGCGGAUGCAGUUCCAUUGGGUGAAAAUUGGCGACACAAAUAUCUGAUCGAUAUUGAUGGUAUGGGUUACUCGGCUCGAUUGUUCGCUUUGUUGAAAUCUGAAAGUGCCGUAUUGAAGUCUACGGUCUAUACUGAAUUUAUGUCUGAAUGGUUACAACCAUGGCUCCACUACAUUCCAAUCUCUCAGAUGUACCAGGAGAUAUACAAUGUACAUGCCUACUUCUCCGGUCCAUCAGAAGCGAUGUUAGAAGCUUCCAACGCUACUCGAGGGACUUUCCAGGCUCCUGGUUUGACAACGAGGAAAUUGGAUACUGAUGCCGAAUUGCGGAAGAUUGCAAAGGCAGGUAGAGAUUGGAUGUUCACCGUUGGUAGAAAGAUUGAUAUGGAGAUCUACGUAUAUAGAUUAUGUCUUGAAUGGGGUAGAUUGACGGCAGAUGAUAGAGAAGCUAUGACAUAUAAGGGAUAG